AUGUCCCCCUCGCCUCAGCCCGCCACCGCGGCCCCUCCGUCGCGCUCGCCACACCAGUCCCCCCCCUCAGCCCCCGCGGCUGCCCCACCGCAACCCACGCUCAAUGGCUCCAUGUCCCCCUCUAGAACCCCCGCCCAGCUCGCUUCGCUCCUCUCGGACAGUCUCCACGAGACCGAGGUUCUCAAGCACGACCUCGUCGUAGCCAACCGCCGCGCCGACAGGGCAGAGCAGCUCCUUUCCAAAAUCUCCCAAUCGGCCACAGCGCCGUCUUCCCCCUCAUCCCAGCCGAACGGCACAGCGACUCCCGCCCAGAACCUCAACUCGCAGUUCUCCGAAGCUGCCACCAAGCUUUUGCUCGAGUACGAGGCCCGCACACAACGUGCAGAGCAAGUGCGCGACGAGGUGGCCGCCCGCCUCCGCCUCAUCCAGGAGUCUUGGGCCGAGCUUGAACGCUGGCUCAACCACGCAGACUACCGUGCCGCCGACGUCCGCGCCAGCUUCUCCAGCAUCGUCGCCUCCAAUGGCGGCGAACUCCAGGCCGUGUCUGCCAACUUUCCUCCUGCGCCCCAGGCGCCCCCGUCACAGGCCGUUGUGCGCCAGUCUGCCCCCUUCUCCGUCCGCGCUUACGCCUCCCAGAGGUUACCUGCAGGACAGACGUUUCCCGCUCUUCCUCCCCCGCCCGUCCCCAAUUCGUCGUCCAGCCGAGUACGCCGACGCUCCGGUAGCCUCGACGCCACAGGCUAUGCCACGCUCAGCGGCCCGGGCGGACCCCCUCCCUCCAAAAAGAUGAGGAGCGACGGCGACCGGGAGCAGAGACAUUAUAGCGUGUCGCCUUCCCAUACGCCGUACGUCAACGGUCAGAACGACCGCGACUCAGGCGGCAUCACCCUCCCUGCCCCGCACGGAUACUACCCGGCCCAUCUUCACGGGCAUCACCAGCCAUUCCGCCCCCGCGAGCGCGAUGACGUGCAGAUCCGAUACCUCGAGGCCGUCCCCUCUGGCGCUCGCUGUCCCUCGCACCACACACAUUCGCAUUCGCGCCACCGUGGUCGGCCCACAUCGCGUGGCCGUUCCUCCCGCUCCCGCAGCCACAGCAGGGGCAGUUCGAUGAGCCUCGACGAGAUGCUCCUCGAGGCCACCGCCGGCGACGACAACGGCGCUCACGGCGAGCACCCCGAACACGCGCACGAACACGAGCGCGCAGGCCCGCUCGCACACCACCCGUCGGUGCACCUCCGCCCCCACUCGCACGAUCGCCGCGAGUACCUCGGCAUUCCGCACUCACACGCGCGCGCGCGCGCCUCGCCCGCAGUCCACUCGCACUCGCACGCACAAUUGCAUCCGUCUGCCUCUAUUUCCGGGCCGGGCGUGUCUCCGCCGGGUGGUGCCGCAUCUCCUCAAGUUGGCCCUCUGCCCGUCCCUGGGCAGGUGCAGACGUACCAGACGCACAUAUUCGCUCCUCCUGUGACGGGUGCGCCUGUGAAGAAGAGCAAGCUGUCGUCGUCGGGCUUGGGCAGCCAGGGCAGCGUCUUGACGCUUGGUCCAACUGGCAGUGUCAUUGCCGGGCCGUCUGCUGUUGGCGGCGGAGGUGGCUUCCCACCGACGAAUGCGCAGGGCCAACGGAUUUGCAGACAGUGUGGACAGCCGGGUCGAUACAAGGACAACAAGUGCGUCGAGAAGUGGGGUCCGGGACCCGAGGGCCCCGGCACGGUGUGCGACAGGUGUCGCAAGAAAAUGAAGCGCGUGGAACGGCGCGGUACGAUGGAAGGACAAGCGCUCGCGCAUAGCCACUCGCACCACCACGUCCCCGCCGCCAUCCACCCCUCCUCCUCGUCGCAGCACCCACUCGCCAACGGCCGCACGCACGCCUCGUCCGGCGGCUCGGCCUCGGACCGCUCGAUGCACCGCACCGACACCGUCCGGGUGACCCCGCCCUCGCGGAGCGCCCUCGGCCCGAACGGGACGCACAUCGUGCCGGCGUCCUCGUCGCCGUAUGCGCGCGAGGAGUCGCACGUGCGCAACGGCGCGCACCAGCGCGCGCCGCCGACGCCGCCGUACAUCGCGACGCUGCAGGGUGCGUCGGUCGAGGAGGAGGCGCGGGGCCGCGGGCGGCGGAGCAGCGCGCGGGGGAGCACGGCGAGCACGACUCCGCCUGCGCGGAGGGCGAAUGGCGUGGGCGCUGCGGGGCGCGAGGAUAUGGAUGUGGACGCUGAUGCGGACGCGGACGCGGAUGCGGAUGCGGAUGCUGAGGCGGACGUGGAUGCUGAGGCUGAGGCUGAGGCUGAGGGGGAUGCGGAGGCGGAGUUGCUGGAGGCUGUGGACGCUGCUGAGGCGAAUGCGGAGGAGGGGUGGAUGAAGAAGGAGGAUUAG